AUGCCUUUGGCUCCGUCCUUUCUCAAUCUUCCCUUUGCCUUCGCAUCCAUCCCAACAGCUGGCUCGCUGCACAAGAUGGCCGCUCCUGUUACUGACUUGGCCGGCAUCGCCAACUUGGGUGUCCAGCUCGCUACGAAGCUAGCAAUCUAUCAGCUUGGGACCUCUGGUUCAGAUAGCGAUAUUCACAAUCUAAGCGACGAUGUCUUUGCUACAGCAGCAGCACUGAGCCAGCUGCGUGAAUUUGUAGCCGCUGAUGCACAUGAGGUAUCGCCCGUCUACCAACCCGCUGGCCGUGAGGCCAUCGAAGAUCUUGCGAUAAGAUGCGGCAAAGUGUACACCACCAUUAUCCGCAGUGUUUACAGGGCAAGUCUCGCUGUCAAGGUUGUCAAAGAUGUGGACUUUGAGGCACUCGGUCCAGAGGACCUGAAGGCAUCCAGACUCCGCGCCAUCAGCGACAACAUGGACUGGGAUAUGGUUGAGGAAGUAAUUGAGACGAGUGAGACGCAACUGCGCUGGCUCAAAGCUAGCCUGCUGCUUCACCUACAAGUGGCUGGUAUUGCCAGCCUCCAGAUCAAGCCUAGAUGUCCUGGAAGCUUUGACGAGGAGCUGGCCUCAAGGAGCCUGGCAAUGCGUUUGCUGACGUGCAAGGCCAAGGCCGCCAAGGAGAUUGUCGAACAGAUCGAGAGAAAGGAACGUUUGGCGCUCGCAGACAAAUCUGACACUGAGAGCAUUUGGGAAUCUGAAGCAGCAUUAACUGCCAGCAGCAGCGAAUCUGACGAUGAUGCGGCAUCCUGGAAGUCUGGCGAGACUGCCAACGAGUCCAAGCCGCCAUCAGUGUGCGGCGACAAGACAUACGAGAAGGCAAAUAUCUCUCCUGUUGUCGAGCUUGCCACGCCUCCCCCUCCGCCGCCUGUUGCGCCGACAAGCUUCUGGCAUCAGCCAUGGGACGGGGCUCCUGAUGCAGGCCCCGUUGAAAUCAAGCUGCUGGCCCCAAAGCGUCGAUUCCCAGCCAAGGUCUUCAAGACCAUGGGCAAAUGGUUCAAGGGUAUGUUCGGCCGCAGCACUAUCCCAAGCAUUGGCGACCUAGAACUCGAAGCGACUGUUUUGAGGAACGGACCAUUCCCAGAGUCCUUUUUGGCAUUGGAGCCCAAGAUGCUCCGUCUCGAGUUGAAGCGCAUCCUAAAGCAGAGCUCCAAAGCCCCGGGUGAUGCGUUCCUCGUCCAGGAUGACCAACUUCGCUCUGCUGUCCAGGGCGCUCUCUUCCGCGCUCAGAGGAAGGAUGGCCGCGUCAGGCAACUUAUCACCGUGGAUAUCGCAACCCGUCCUGAUGUCGCAGUGGUGUUCAUGUCGGUCGAUCCGGCGGCAGAGCCCGUUCACAUGACCGACAUCCUUGGCCGAAAGUACGAUAUUCCGUUCGAGCAGUGCCGGACUGUGCAGGGUGCGCGCGUGUCAAUCCAUCAACGUUUCAAAGAUGUCAACAGACUCUGGAACCUUGUGAGGGACGGAGCGUAUGAGAUCGUCGAUGAGAACGACACCGUCAUCACGCCAGAAGCAUGGAUUACAACCAUCAAGCCCGGCGCAAUUCUUCACAUGCGCAUCUCGGCCUUCAAUGACGGCAUGAACGGAGGCGUGUACGUGCCCCCUGGCGCACCGGACCCGCUUACCUGGGCCGAGCCUUAUACGCCGCCCCCUCCACCUCCGGUCUGGAGGGGACCCGCCCCGCCGCCGGGGAUGCGUCCGCCGGGACGCUUCCCUCCUGGCGCAGUCCCAAGGGGAUGCAUGCCUCUGCCGCCGCCGCCGCCUUUCCCGCGUGUGAUCAUGGUUGAGCCGAGAGAACGCGCGGAGCUCGGCUUCGAGCCCGACUUUGGGCCGAAUCUGACGCGAGAGGAAGACCUGGGCGAGGGGCGGAAGGAUCUUGGUCGGUGGGUUGCUCUGUGGACUAAUGCUGCGGACACGGACUUUACCUCUGACUCGGGUGGUAUCCCGUCGUAUGAUGAUGCCUCGUCCAUCAUGUCCGGGUCGUCCUCGUCCUCGGAUGAGAUUGUUGAUGAUUGA